AUGAGUCUGGCAGCGGGCCCAGGCAUCGGCGGCAUGGCCACCAUGCCCGGCGAGCUGCGACUCUUCGUCGACAAGAACGUCCGCCGCGCAAGCAUCAAACACCAAGAUCCCGCGCUGACCCGCCCCCAGCGCAAAGACGAGCUGGAGUACUGGCUCACCGAGCAUCUGCGCCUCAACGGCCUGUACUGGGGGUUGACUGCGCUGCAUCUCCUGGGCCAUCCUGACGCUCUGCCGCGCGGGGAGAUGCUCGAAUUUGUCUUCUCGUGUCUGCAUGAGAAUGGCGGCUUCGGCGCAGCCCCGGGCCACGACGCUCACAUGCUGUACACCGUUAGUGGUGUGCAGAUACUAGCCACUCUCGACGCCUUUGACGAGCUUGAUGAGCGCGUAAAGGAUGGUCGCUUGAAGAUCGGCAACUAUUCUCUGAUCACCAAGCAGUGCUCACAGACUGCAGAUAUUGCAAACUUGCAGGAUCCCGUUACAGGCACCUUUGCAGGCGAUGAAUGGGGAGAACGAGACACACGCUUCCUUUACGGCGCUCUGAAUGCCCUCUCGUUGAUGGGGUUGCUGCAUCUCGUGAACGUAGAGAAAGCAGUUGAACAUGUCCAUUCGUGUGCCAAUUUUGAUGGCGGAUAUGGCACGAGUCCGGGCGCAGAGACGCACUCAGGUCAGGUGUUUACGUGUGUCGCAGCACUGACCAUCGCGGGGAGAAUCGACCUGGUCAACACAGAAAAGCUCGGCGCCUGGCUAAGCGAACGACAACUCAAGAACGGCGGCCUCAAUGGCAGACCUGAGAAGAAGGAGGAUGUGUGCUACAGCUGGUGGGUGAUGAGCAGCAUGGCCAUGCUCGGCAAGCUGCAUUGGAUCGACGGCGAGAAGUUGACUCAGUUCAUACUGCAGUGCCAGGAUCCUGAGUUGGGCGGUCUCUCCGACCGACCUGGUGAUAUGGUCGAUGUCUUCCAUACCAACUUUGGCAUUGCCGGGCUGAGUCUGCUACAGUACCCGGGCCUGGAAGAAGUGGACCCUGUGUAG